CAACGAUCGUAUCAUCGAAUAAAAAAAGGCAGGCAAUCGAUCAGAUCUAUUUGUAUAUCCGUCAAAAGAGUCUGUUGGCCACACCCGCAUCAUCACCUGGACAUUCUUUUUCUUUCUUUCUUACUCGAUCGGCACAUUCGAUUGUCCUUUCGCUCUUUUUUUUAUUCAUUGCCCGGGGGCUCUUUCCUCCUUUUUCCUCGGCAAAAGGUUAUACACAUCGUCAAAUACCGACAACCAAGAGACUCACUUCAUCUCUUGAAGACCUCGUUGCAGUAGACCAUACUGGCAUUCUAUCGACAAACACUCGCUUGUCAACUAUAGCCAUACACCGCCUUGAAAGUAUCUAAACCAUCAAUCGGAUACAAACUUUUCACUCGGAUCGAACCACCUACUCACCAUCUCAUACAAUCGGCCCACCUUGCCCAUAAUGUCGCAAAGGUGGGACGAACAGAGAUCUUCGUCACCAAGUAUGCCAUCGUUGGCAGGGCCAUCUCGUUCAAGUUUCGAUGACAGAAGAGUGCCAAGCGAUGGAAGCGAUCGAAAUAUGAAUAGGUUAUCAGUCAACAUGUCCAAUAUGAUGCCUCGUCGUCCUUCUGAUCAGGCAUUAAACUCAUAUACAUCUUCUUCGCCUAUGCAUCAAACUAGUUCGAACGAUAGUCGAUUUGGCGUAAACGGUCGAUCUACACCUCCAAAACCGUCUAAUCGAACCAGUUCUCGACAGAUAACCUCGCCAAAAAUGAGUCCGUCAAAUUUGAAUUCAGUGCACGAUGGCCAUUCGUACACAGAAGCAAAGAGAUCCGAUGCUGGACCUGGGAUCGAUGGCAGACAAGCAAGUUUGUCAAGACCAGGUUCGUCACACGACAUCGCUCAAGCAAGCGCUCAAAACCCAACGCCAACACUACAACACUCUUCAUCCACCAGUCAAAUGGUCACUUCUUCCUCCUCACAACAAGUCAAAGAUCGUCCAUCAGGAGGACGUGAUCAACCUUGUGAUGCAUGCAAGAAGCCGAUGACUGGCCAAUUCGUUCGAGCGUUGGGUGUGGUAUAUCAUUUGGAUUGUUUCCGUUGUCGCGAUUGCAACAAAGUUGUGGCAGCAAAGUUCUUUCCCGCGACUGAUGAGAUGAAUUCAUCUCCAACAGGCAGUGCCGCAGGUCAUGACGGAACAGGCAAACAAUCUUCUUCGCCAACAACAGGUGGAAGUGGAAAACUGUUCCCACUCUGUGAGACAGAUUAUUUCAGAAGGCUAGAUUUGUUAUGUGCCAAUUGCGGUGGUGCAUUACGGGGUAGCUACAUUACUGCUUUGGGCAAGAAGUUCCAUGUCGAACAUUUCACCUGUUCUAUCUGUCCGACUGUUUUUGGACCUCAAGACAGCUAUUACGAACAUGACGGUCGUGUUUUCUGUCAUUUCCAUUACUCAACACGAUUUGCAAUUCGCUGUACAGGAUGCAGAACGGCAAUCUUGAAGCAAUUUGUGGAAAUUAAUAGAAAUAAUCAAGAUGAACAUUGGCAUCCCGAAUGUUAUAUGAUUCAUAAAUUCUGGAAUAUCAAACUUUGUCCGACUGGAUCUACGCCAAGGGAGAAUGUUGCACUCGAACCUACCACGAAUCCAGAAACGCCUGAGCCUACCAAUUCCGGCGUUGCACCCGUUUCGAAUGCCAGUGCGAUGGAUGCACCUUCGAUUGAGGCGUUAGAAACAGAAGCAAAUGAGACACCGACAACGUUGAAAGAGAAACAGAAACAGAUGGAAGAACAGGUUUAUCGGAUUUGGACAGUUUUAUCUGCUUUUGAAGAAUCCUCAGCGGCGUGCAUUUCGGACAUGUUGCGUCAAGUUAGCAAUGGAAAGUAUUUGGGAGGUGUAAGAAUGGCAGAGAGAUUCAUCCUGCAUGUUGAGGUUCUUUUUGCCGCAAUCGAUGAUCUGGAAGAAGCAUUCAGAAGGGAACAGGCAAAAGGUAUCUCGCAUAUACGUGAGGCAAGGAUGUUGUGUAAGAAGAUUGUCAACUUCUUCUCGCUCUUGUCACAUACGCAAGAGACAGGUGCACAACGGAUGGGAAUCACACAAGAAUUGCUAUCUUUGGUCACUGGUCUAGCGCACUAUCUCAAGAUCUUGAUUCGUAUCGCACUCACUGGUGCUUUACGACUGGAAAGAGAUUUUGAAGAUCAUAAUGCAUUGACUGAAUUCUUGAAUCGGCUUGCAUCAUUGGCACAAGAGACAGAUUCACCGCAAACGAAGGCUACACAAGCAUUGCGGGCUUCCAUCUCAUCUAACACUCCCAACACAAAUGUUGGAGCUUCGGGAAGUGAAAAUGCCGAACAUGUGAAUCAUGGGUACAAAAGCUUACCUCGCAGUACAAGCACGAGCUUGACAGAUGGAGGCGAGAGUGCAACAGAUUUAUGUGUUGCUUGUGGUCAAACGGUGGAGGAAGAAUGUGUGAGGAUAGGAAUUAAUUUGCGAUGGCAUACAGCUUGUUUGAAAUGUUCCAAUUGUCAAAGACUGGCGCAAAGAGAUCCUUCUUCCUCUAAGGCAAGAACAGAAGAAGAGCAACAAUCGGAUGCAGUUGCGGUCCCAGAAUCAAUCCCAGCGCAAGAAUUUGCUUUGGAGAUCAAAAGACGAUCGCAAGAUCCAACAAUUCAACACAGUACCUCGUACACCCUGUUUUGUUCACCAUGCAAGACUGCAUCCUGUCGAGGCGGUUUUGAGAGAGUUAGCAGGUUAGAGCAAUACUCGUAUCUACUACGAGUCGCUCUCAAUCGCCUUUACGCUUUGUUGAAGAAGCGUGGCGUGGUUCCGGCUUCGCCACCAUCAGCAGCAUUGUCUAUUCCUCAACCUCUCACGACACCUCCAAAUGAGACUGCAUCCAUCACUACUGCCGAAGAAUCUGAUGAGGGUCACCUAGAAGGAACAGAUAUCAAACGGAAGAAAUCGACAAAUUUGGAUCGAAAGUUGUCUACAAAAGCAAAAGUGCCACAUAUUUCCACUGUUGUUGGAAGUCCUUCAGGCCAUUUACCAGCAGUCCAAAAGCCUACUUCUCCGCUGGAUGCGAAUGUCACACGCAAAUCGCCUACAUAUUAUCAUGAUUCUGCUCCAGUCGAUCGUAGUCAAAGUGACGGAGGUAGAAGAACUCCUGCACGCAGUAGAGAUGUUUCUCCAAAUGGACGAGCGCAACACUUGCACCCUGGCGGUCAACAGCAACAACGACAUGCUCCACCUCAAUCACAACAAGAACAUCAAUAUGUCGGUACGAAGCAAGGACCUAUCGUUCCAAUUCGACCAGCAUUUGCUAGACAUAACACUGAUGUUCGUAUUCAAGAUCAAGGACCGCUACGACAACCUUCUGGUGAUGAUUCUGGACAUGUGAUCGCUGAUCCUGAUGAGCAAUUGACAUUGGCUGAUAUUCCUCAAUUGCUACAACAAGAACAAGCAAGAGAGCAUAAUCGUCAAUUACCCACAUAUGAUGGCAAGGCGAUCGCCGAUCUGUCUGCGCUAGAGCUAUUUGUGAUUAAGCAUUUGGCGGUUUUGAUGUUACAACAAGGACCGUUGAAGGAUGUCGUUCCGUUUGAUGAAUUGAUUGAUUUCAUCGAUAUUCGCAAGAAUACCUUUUGGGGCAAACUCUUCAAAGGAGGCAAGGAUAAGAGAAAGGUGGAAAAGAAAGGAACGUUCAAUGUUCCAUUGGAAGUAUUGGUUGAUAGAAAUGGAGCAGAUUGUACUUUAGGUGCAACGUCAACCGUUCUUCGCGUUCCAUCUUUUAUUGAUGAUAUCAUCUCUGCAAUGCGACAAAUGGACGUUUCCAUCGAAGGUAUUUUCCGAAAGAAUGGAAAUAUUCGUCGAUUGAAAGAUUUAAGUGAAGCUUUGGACAGAGAUGCUUCAAGCGUUAAUCUUUCCGAUGAUAAUCCGGUUCAAUUGGCAGCUUUGCUCAAGAAAUGGUUGCGUGAAUUACCCGAUCCACUUUUGACUUUCAAAUUGCACAGGCUAUUCGUCAUGACGCAAAAUAUCGAGCCUGAAGCCGAACGAUUACGUUGCAUGCAUCUCUUGAGCGUUUUGAUGCCAAAAGCACAUCGUGAUACGAUGGAAGUUUUGUUUGUCUUCCUUCGAUGGGUUGCCAGCUUUAGUCAUAUUGAUGAGGAAACGGGAAGCAAGAUGGAUCUUCAAAACUUAGCAAUGGUUUUAGGACCGAACAUUCUCUACAGCAAAGGAACGGAUCCGGCAAAAGAUGAAUUAUUCUUGGCAAACCGAGCAAUUUUAUGUUUGCUAGAACAUCAAGAUGCAUUUUGGCGCGUGCCUCGUGAAUUGGAAGUAGCAUUACAAGAUCGUGAAUUGUUGAAUACGACGAAUGAGAUCACAUCUCGUGAUAUCUUGCGAAGGUGCGAAAAGUAUGCAAAACGAGCAAGAAGUGGAACGAUGUAUCCGAUCCCUAGCAAUGGAGGAAGUAAUGGCGGUGGUCAAGGUGGAAGCGGGAAUGGUUUCAAUGGAAGACCUGGACCUCAAUUUAGUCCACAAGCAAAUCGAGGAGGUGCACCUCUUCCUGGACGUGGAUUCCAAGGAGGUGGUGGUGAUAUUCCACACAGUUCCAGCACGAUUCGAAGUUUAGCCGAUCCUUCAAUUUAUGAUUCCAAUGCAGCAGGCGGUAGAAUGUCACCUGUUCGUCGUGGCAGUCAACAACAAUCACCCGUUUCAAAUGAUUAUGUUCGUAGUCCGAUCGAAGCCAAUGCUGCAAGUUUGCCUCCUUGGUCUAACGAUAAUGGACAUCCGAUGCAGAACACACCUUCAUCUACACCACGUCAUCCUGCCGGACCGCCACCAGGACCACCAGGCCAAGGAAGUGGUUAUCAACAACCUUAUCGUGGCGCACCGGGUAAUGGCACACCAAAUCGAAUGGGAACUCCGGGUAGUGCAGGCGUUGAUCAACAUCAAGGAUACCAUCAACAACAACAACAGCAGCAGCAUCAGCAACAACAACAAUAUUACAAUGCAUCUUCUGAUCAUCAUGCUCUUUCAUCUUGAAACAAGAAAAGUUCAUUUUAUUCCCAAUCACCUUUUUUGUGUACACAAUCCCCCUUUUUGUAUCUUCUUUUUCUGAAUCAUGGUAAAAAAACAGAACAUUGCUUCUAUCUUCUUUUUUCUUUAUUUUACCAUGAUCAAUCUUGUUUUAUGCCCUUUCUUCUUCUUUUUCUUUCUCCUUUAUUUUGUAUAUCAAAUUUCAAUUUUCAUUCGUUGAAGCAAACAAAGCACAUUGCAGCAUGCAUGUAAAUGAAUAUGUCCCUUUCUUUGCACGUGUUCUACGCGCGUUGGAAUUUGUAAUGGAGGGAAGAGCGCGUUUAUUCGAAUAUUAUUCAUAAC